AUGGGGAGUCGGCGGUGGGUCGCGGCGGCGGCGGCGGCGGCCAUGGUGGCCUUCUUGCUGCUGUCCGCAGCCUCGCACGGAGGACGGAGAGGACCCAGUUUCAACAGCAACAACCGGACUUUUGUUUUUAAUUAUACCCUAGCGAAGACUAUUGUGGAAUAUGCUUCAGCUGUGUAUAUGACGGACCUAACAGCUCUAUAUACAUGGACAUGCUCAAGAUGUAAUGACUUGACUAAAGGCUUUGAGAUUAGGUGUAUAAUUGUCGAUAUCCAGAACUGCUUGCAGGCAUUCAUUGGUGUUGAUCAUAAUCUCAAUGCUGUAAUCGUUGCAAUCAGGGGAACUCAAGAGAACAGUGUACAGAACUGGAUUAAGGACCUGGUAUGGAAGCAGGUUGACCUAAACUAUCCAAACAUGCCUGAUGCGAAGGUCCACACUGGAUUUUACUCUGCUUACAAUAAUACACUUUUACGUCCAGCCAUCACAAAUGCUGUUCGCAAGGCAAGAAGAUUGUAUGGAGAUAUUAGCAUAAUAGUUACAGGGCAUUCGAUGGGAGGAGCUAUGGCUUCUUUCUGUGCACUUGAUCUCGCUAUUAGCCUUGGAAGUGACACUGUUCAUCUCAUGACUUUUGGGCAACCACGUAUUGGCAAUGCUGCCUUUGCCUCCUACUUUGAACAAUAUGUACCCAGUGCGAUCCGAGUGACACAUGAACAUGAUAUUGUGCCUCAUUUACCCCCUUAUUUCUUCUUCCUCCCGCACCUGACAUACCACCACUUCCCUAGAGAGGUAUGGGAACAUGAUGUUGAUGGCAACACAACCUUCCGAGUUUGCGACGGCAGCGGAGAAGAUCCAGAUUGUUGCAGGAGUGUGUUUGCGUUGUUCUUGAGCGCCUCAGACCAUCUGACCUACAUGGGUGUUGAGAUAGCAGCAGACGACUGGAGCACCUGCAGAAUCGUCAUGGCCCAGAGCGUCGAACGGCUCCAAUUGUAUCUUAAGAGUAAUGUUAUCACGUGGAAGAACCCUGUCGAUAUCAUCAUUGCAGAUCAUAGCGUGCAGACUGAUCCGAGCAGUUCCAGCUAG